CGACUUCGCCGAACUUGGACUCGACUUUGGAGGCACGCGCGCACGAAUAGAGACACACGCAUACACAUACAUACAUACAUACACACAUACGAGCACGAGCGAACGCACGCACGCAUAUUCAUUCACAAGCAACCGGACACUAGUUUUUCCCAAAAGUCUUUGGACAGUGUUGGUCUAGGAGAAGACGCGCGCGCGGAGGAGGAGGUGGGAGAAGAGGAGGUGAACGGGCACGCGGAGAUUGAUGCCAAAAUAAAUACAGAAAGAGGACGUCCCGCGCGUGUGCUAUAGCACGGCUCCGACAUACCCGCCUCGGUCGCGCGCGCUCCCCGUGCCCGACAGCAUGAGUGCGCGCGCGGCGCCGCCGCUCCCCGUGCUGCUGCUGCUGCUGCUCGGGCUGACGGCGGGCUGGGCGCGCGGUGCCCCGCUCGUGAACGCGCAGCGGCGCUGGGAGACGCUCUACUCGCGCUCGGUGGCGCGCGUGCCGGGCGGAGAGAAGCGCGAGACGGCCCGGGACAGCGACUACCUGACCGGUAUCAAGCGUCUGCGCCGCCUAUACUGCAAUGUGGGGAUCGGCUUCCACCUGCAGGUGCUGCCGGACGGCACCAUCACCGGCGUGCACAACGAGAACAGAUACAGUCUUCUGGAGAUAUCUCCGGUGGAGCGGGGAGUUGUGACACUGUUCGGCGUCCGGAGCGAGCUAUUCGUGGCCAUGAACAGCAAGGGGAAGCUCUACGGAUCGGUGCAGUUCACCAAUGAAUGCAAGUUCAGAGAAAAGCUCCUGGCGAACAACUACAAUGCCUACGAAUCGGUGGCAUACCCAGGCAUGUACAUUGGACUGAGCAAGACUGGGCGCACGAAAAAAGGAAACCGGGUGUCGACGGCCAUGACGGUCACGCAUUUCUUGCCGAGAAUCUGAAGGAGCACGGACAGGCCCAGCAGAGAAGCCCAGGACGAUGCACUUUCUACAGAGCUUACACAUGAGGUUAAGUGUAUCGUAUUCUCGUAUGUGUAUAUCAGACUAUUUAUAACUGUUCGUUUUUGUAUUUCCUGUAAAAACUGCCUCUUUUUAGUGUGAAGAACACGUUUAAUUUAUUUUUUGUCAUUUCGUUUAUUUAUCCUUCCUGCUGCUACCAAGUGUUUCAUACGUGAAAUUCCUACAAUGUACAAGAUGUUUUUUUCUUUCUUUGUUUAUUUGUUUGUUUGUUUUUGCACUGUUUCUGUUGUUCUAGAAUAAGCGUUUUUUUCCCUCCAUUCCUGGGAAAUGAAAUUGUAAGUCUUAGUCGAAGUCUGUAACUCGUGAAACUGAACCGACCCCAAUGGUGUUGCGCACUGGAGCGAUUGUGUAGCGCGCCGGCCUCCGCCUUUGUGCGCCGCUGGGCUCCGACUGAAGCAGUAUCGCUUUACUCUCCGUGAAGUUCUACCCCUCCAAUCUGUUUUUAGCUCUUCUGGGUGGGUGGAUGAGGGGGGCGGGGUGCGGGGAGCUGAACUCUGAACUUAUCUGUAGUCGAUCUUUGUCAGACCUGUAAGGCUCCGCAUAGAGGAAGGGCAUCCUCUCGGCAUUGUUCGAGUGUAGAGUGGGGAAACAUGCGUACAGGCAUGAAGACAUGCUGUCCCUACAUGCUCAUACAGAGAUCAAGCAUAACAUUAUGACCACCUACCUGAUUUUAUGCUCAUUUUUAGUUUUUCAGAUCCACCACGCAUACAGGAGCAUAACGUAUCUGUUUCUCUGCAUGUUCUAUUAUUCUUCUGUAAUCAUAAUUCUUCAAUGGCCAUGAUCCCCUACAGGUGGGGUGUGUUAGUAGUGUUUGCUAGCACGAGUGGAUCAGAUACAGCAGUGUUGCUGGAGUUUUUAAACACCUCAGUGUCGCUGCAGGACUGACAGUCUAUUAACUAAUAGUCAAUUAACAGUGUCCUGUGAAAGAUUAAAAAAUGAAAACAAACUGUGCAGUCACUGCACAGCUAAGAAAUGGAGCAGCUGAAGGUAGGAGUGUCUAAUAGAGUGAUAGACAAUGAGUGAACACAGUGUUUAAGAACUCCAGCAGCACUGCUGUAUCUGUACACUUAUACCAGCACAACACACACUAACAACUCAUACACCACCACCAUGCUAAUCAAUAAUAGCUGCUCUGCUCUGUAAUUAUAGAGCUACAGUAUGCUCCCGUAUGCUCAAUAGAGCUAAAACAAGUAUGUGGUCAUAUUGUAU